AUGUCAGAGAAAAUGCCGGCCGAAGCGGCUCACGCCGGCGAUGGGGCACUUGAAAGCGCGUCUGCUGAAAAGUCCCAAGUAGCAGCCCUCGAUGUGGCACUCCCGGUCGCGGAUUAUGAGGGAAAGCCCACCGAGGAGGAGCUCGCUACUCUUCGGCGAGUCCCCGGCAAACUGCCCACGGUUGCAUAUCUUUUAUGUGCCGUCGAAUUUUGCGAAAGAGCUUCGUAUUAUGGUUGUGCUCAAAUCUGGACCAACUACAUCAACCGACCUCUACCCAAAGGUGGCAACGGCUAUGGAUCCGUUCCCGAGGGAUCUCAAGCUACGCAGGGUGCUUUGGGCUUGGGCGAGCAAGUCGCGAACGCCACUUCGCAAUCGUUCAGCUUGAUAGCAUACUGCCUCCCUCUCGUAGUCGGCUACCUAGCGGAUGCUAAGUGGGGUAGAUUUCCGCUCAUCUUUUGGGGGGUUAUCGUCUGCGGUAUCGGACACGUCCUCAUCGUCGUCGGGGGGGCGAAACAGCUUAUAGAGAACGGUACAGCCAAGAUACCAUUCUUUAUCGGAGUGUACAUCUUGGCGAUCGGUGCUGCUAUGUUCAAGCCAAACGUGUCGCCACUGCUCCUGGAUCAAAUGUCGGUCAGGGUGCCUCGAGUUGUUACGCUGAAGUCUGGCGAACGCGUCAUUGAGGACCCCGAGCAUAGCACCGAGCGGGUAAUGCUAUGGUUCUACUUACUCAUUAAUAUUGGUGCCUUCAUGUCAACCGCAACGUCGUACUCGGCACGAUAUGUAGGAUGGUGGUUGGCCUUCUUGCUCCCCCUUAUCCUUUAUAUUCCUCUUCCUUUUAUGCUCCUGUGGCUCAAACCUCGCCUUGUUUUACACAAGCCCGGCGGUUCGGAUCUUCCCAAUGUCUUCCGGGUCAUAGGUCACUGCAUGAGAGGCGGCGGCGUUUGGAGGAUUGGUCGUGAUGGGUGGUGGGAGGCUGGCAAGCCCUCCGUUAUCGCGGCUAGCGGACGGCGACCAGAAACACACUAUAACGACCAAUUCGUCGAGGACGUCAAGCGCACGAUGCAGGCUACAGGCAUGUUUUUCUUCUUCCCCGUCCAGUUCUGGAAUGACAACGGCAUCGGGAGCUCCGCAAACUUUCUCAGCACAAUGCUCAUUGGAAACGGAGUACCGAACGACGUUAUCGGGAAUUUCAAUUCCCUUUCCAUCAUUGUCUUGGGUCCGGUACUGAACUACGGUCUCUAUCCUCUUCUACGGAAUAUGAGGAUCCAUUACGGUCCCGUGUCCAGAAUCACGACUGGAUUCUUCAUCAGCACUAUAUCAGGUCUCGGCUACUGCAUCUUAUGCUACAAAGCGUAUCAAACGAAUCCUUGCGGAUGGUACGGGUCUACGGACCCUAAGUGCGUCGAAGAAGGACUUGUCUCGCCCAUUUCCCUUUGGUGGGCUGCAAUCCCCUACGCGUUGGGCGGCUUUUCAGAGCUCUUCAUCAAUGUUCCAGCAUACGGAAUUGCCUACUCGAGAGCUAGUCCAAAUAUGCGUGGCCUCCUCUCCGCAAUAAACCUUUUCCUCUCUGUUGGCCUGGCAUACGUUGUAAAUUUGGCCGUCUCGGCUGUGAUCACUGAUCCGCACUUGGUGUGGGAUUUCGGAGCACCAACCAUUCUCGGGGCCGUGGUGACCGUCUUCUUCUAUUUCCACUUUCGCCAUAUCGACAAGGAAGAAUAUGUUCUAUCGGAUGGCGAUGUCUCUGCGCAGGAGAGCAGCGGUUCCCUGGACGGAGGCGUGGACGACCACACUGCCCCGGUCAACAAGAGCACGGUCUGA